CCGCAAGCUCAUCUCGGAGACCGAGGUGCAUCGCAAGGAGCUUAUGGACCCCGCCAAUAAUGGACUGCUGGCCAACGUGGACCAGGCAAACAAGUUAUAUAAGAAUGGUACGAAUGUCAGGAUGGCGUUCUGGACUUGUCAGGAAUCGCUGCUUCGAUGAUGCUGAAGAUAUAUUCUCUUGUCUUCUGCAUAGUCUUUGGAACCCACGAGGCAACGCUCGAUGCAAAGUUGCUAGUUAUGUCGGCGGACUUGGGAAUGCAAAAAGCGAAGCAUCUUCGUAUGGGCCAAGGAGGAUUCGAUGAAACCGAAUACAUCUCGCGCUUGGUGACCAAGAUGGGAGGACACGAUGCUGAUUAUGAGCAAGGCAUGGACUGGUCAAAGAUCGGAGGCAUGGCUCAAAAAUGGACACGAAAAGUCCCCACAAUGGACUUUAUGCUGGGACCAAUGUCCGUAGAACACAAGUCUAGGGCGAUCACUCAGAGACAAAGAAUAGUCCGUGACCCGAAUGCAAUGAGGAAACCCCAGGAGCUAAAAGAGGAGGACAUCGCACGCCAGGAGAACGAGACAACCAAAAACGUGAUGCAGAUCUCCGAUAUUUUGGAAGGGUUGUCCGACAAAGUCAACCUAUUCAAGCUUGUGAUCAAUCCAGAGUCAUUUGGUCAGACUGUCGAAAACAUCUUUUAUCUGUCAUUCUUAGUUCGAGACGGAAAAGCGAGUAUCUUUGAGGAGGACGUGGAUGAUCCUAAUCGCGGACAAUAUGAUGACGACGACGAGCGUCCUAUGCGGGAAGGGGCUAAUAUCCAACCCAUGGUUGAAUUGACGGAGGUGCCAACAGCUGAAGACUACCAGGACGGACUAUUGAAGAAGCAAGUGGUCAUGGAUAUCGACAUGGCUACAUGGCGGAAACUGAUUGAAGUGUACGAUAUCCAGGAGACUAUGAUCCCUACAAGGCACACAAAACAGAAUGUCAACAAAAACGAGUGGUACGGAUAAGAGGCACACUGGAUUCCAAUGCAGAUACGUAGAACGAGAGUAAUAAAGAGUGUAGUUUACGUUUCUGGCUUUCUAGUUUUCUGUAUGAUCUUGAUGUAAUUAGAAUUGAAUGACUUGUGUAUCAAAAUGUAAUAU